AUGGCCACCGGGCGAGGAUCCUUGAGGUCCUGGUUCCUGAGUUGGCACCUGCUGCUGCUUCUGCUACCGCCAAACUCCGGUUUCACAGAUGACAGAACUACACCAGUUUCUGAACUUUGUGGUGAACCCUGGUGGACACAGGAUUCGGACCAGCCCCGCCAUUGGCCCUGGGAGGUGAGCCUCCGGACAGACAGUGAGCAUGUGUGUGGAGGGUCCCUCAUUGACUCCAAAUGGGUGGUGACUGCUGCCCAUUGCAUCAAAGGCUCCAAAAACUACACAGUGGUACUUGGUACUUCCAAGCUGAACCCAUUGAGAUACGAAAAGGUCAUCUGGAUCCCUGUGAGGGACAUCAUUGUGCACCCCAAGUUCUGGGGUCGAACAUUUGUCGUGGGUGAUAUCGCCCUUCUCCAACUCCUCACUCCCGUCACCUUCAGCAAGUAUGUUCAGCCCAUCUGUCUCCCAGAACCCAACUUUAACCUGAAGAUUGGCACACAGUGCUGGGUGACUGGCUGGGGCCAGGUCAAACAGCGCUUUUUAGCCAACUCCACGCUGACCACAGAGCUGCAGGAGGCCGAGGUGUUCAUCAUGGACAACAAGAGAUGUAACAAGAUUUAUCGCAAGCUUUCCGUUAUCCCCCGAAUUACCCGCCUUGUCCAGGGAGAUCUGGUCUGUGCCACCAACUAUGGAGAUAACUUGUGCUCUGGAGAUUCUGGGGGACCAUUGGCUUGCGAAGUCAACGGCCGAUGGGUCCUGGCUGGGGUGUUGUCCUGGGAGAAGGCCUGCACCCAAACACGGAAUCCGGGAGUGUUCGCUCGCAUCACCAAAUAUAGCCAAUGGAUCAAGAAGCAACUGAGCCAUGGAACUCUGACUGGUCCUUGCAGCUCCUCCUGGCUCCUAUUCCUGUCCUCGCUGCUGUGGCCUCUGAUGGGCCCCUGA